AUGUGUGGAGCUAGCAGCUCUUCACCAGAUUACAUUCAGAGUCCAACGUCAACUCUAGUCGACGAUACUGCGCUCAAACGGUUCAAUGGGGGACCCGAAUCUACGAACCGGCAUUUCAGGACGACUAUCAAGUAUGGGAAUUGGGAUACUCAAGUCAAUAUGAUAGUGUCGGCGCGAACGUUUCUAACUAGUAAGGAGUGCCAGCGUUCAGUCUUACUGAGCAUUUGCCCGGCCGGGAAUCACUCGAGGGAGUCGACACAUGUAUCCGGCUCCACCGAUCACGAUGGGCGGCAUUCAAGUUACGCCGGUUCCAUGAGGGCAAUCGGAAAACAUGCUCGGAAGCUGUGGAUGUGGGCUCGCCAGCAAGCUGAAGUUCCAUCAAAACAUCACUACAUCGAAUUCACUACCGUUCUUCCCACCAACGCAAGCGAGGCGCAGAGGAGAGAAGCCAUUAUGAAGCACGGGGUGUACAAUUUAGCCACGCAGUUGACGUCUUUCUCGAAUGCACUUGUAGGAACAGAAGAAGGUCGUCUUCACAAGGGUUUAGGUGGGAUGGGGCGCUCUGCACUGAACUUCCUCUUCUCCCGAACAUAG